GAAAAAGGGUCAGUGGGUCCGUGACGGGUCAGUGGGACAGCUCUGACAGGCUCUAUCUUUACACGCCAAAGUCCAUGUGAUUAGCAGGCAUAAACAUAUUUAUGUGAGCACCUCGGGGUAGCGCACUCAGUGUCACAUCUUCAGCUCGCACAGCCAGACCUCACUGAAGACCCAUGGCAGACGAGAAGAUGGAAAUGGGUGAAGCCGGGACGUCUCUUAUGUCUUCGGAGGCUAAGAUGCCCCCAGCCAGACCGCCUAACAAAUUUGAGAGGUUGUACCAGCCCUGUCUGGGGGAACUGGUGGGAACUACAUUCUUUGUGUUCAUCGGGUGUGUGUCAGUCAUCGAGAAUGAGGGGUCUGCAGGGAGGCUUCAGCCAGCUCUGGUGCACGGCCUGGCUGUGGCCGUCCUGGUGGCUUGUAUGGCUGAGAUCAGUGGUUCCCAUUUCAACCCUCCAUUCACCCUCGCCAUCUACCUAUGUGGAGGUAUGGAGACAAAUAUGUUAGCCCCGUACCUUGCAUGUCAGCUGCUUGGAGGGGUGCUCGGAGCCGCUAUGGCCAAGGGGAUGACCUCAAGAGAGAAUUACACCAAAGCCCACGGGGCUGCAUUUGCUGUACUGCAGUCAAACGGUGAAAUAGGACGUGCGCUAUUUGGAGAGGUCGCCAUGACCUGCUUGGUCACCAUGGUGUUGCUGCUGGGAGCUGUUAAUGUCAAGACCAGAAACCCCCUGGUGCCUUUCAUGGUGGGCUGCACUGUUAUGGUCAUCAUCUUGGCUGGUGGGGAUAUAUCAGGCGCCUGUUUGAACCCAGCCAGAGCCUUCGGUCCAGCCAUAGUAAGCAACUACUGGGCCUAUCAUUGGGUGUACUGGGUGGGACCCAUCGCAGGAGGCCUAAUAGCAACUGCGCUGAUUCGACUCCUGCUUGGAGACAGGAAGAUUCGACUCAUUCUGAAGUGAUGUCCUGUGUAUAAAAGGG